AUGUCUGAAUCAUUCUCGAUGUUCGACGCCUGCAUCUCGAUUUUCGACAUGGAGAAACGGAGGAGGCCGUACCAUCGGUUCUGCGACUGUGCCCUUCACAAGCUGAAGAGGUCAUCUAGUGGUAGGAAUGAUGAUGGUAGCAACAUGGCCAUCGCUUGUUUGAGGAGGUCGGUCACAUUCCCGGGGGAGAAGAGAACGGCGGCGAAGAUGAACCGCCGUGGCCGGUUGUGUUUCGUUGGUUGGGUCGAGACGACGUCCAAGAAGCCUGGGGCCGCCGCCGGCGAGAAUAACGUGGGCACAAUUUUAUUGAUUGAGGAUGAGAGUUAA